AUUGAAUUUUUUUAAGGGACAGCUAAUUUUCUUAUAUCAAUGGUGAUUAGGGUUUCCUGAUUCGCCUUGUUUGUCGAAGGUAGACGGAGAUAAGGUAGUAACGAUGGUGAGAGGUGGUGGAACUUCGGAGCGCGAUGAAAAACGCCGUGCGGAUAUGGCCGGUCGCAACGCCAUCAAGGGUAAGAAGAAGAUGAAAAGGAAUUUGCAGAGAUUGGGAGGAAAAGGCGGCUUGUCUUUGGAAUCGUUCGCGAAUGCUAAAACUCGGAAUGAUAAUUAUAACCCCGCCAUGAUUAAGAAGAAAAGAGAGUUCUACAGAAAUGCAAAGUAUGUGCAGAAAUACAAGAAGUCCUUAAAGCAACAAGAGCAUCAGAAUAUUCCUUCUGCAUCGGAAGGACCCCGACUGGAGGGUGAAAAUCAAAACCGAACUACCGGUCACAACUACAGAAAUAAUGAAAUGUACGAAUCCAGUAAUGUUAACAAGAACACAAAAGGCAAGAAAAACAGGGUAAGUCUCAAGGAGAUAUACGAGAAGAAGCACGAGGAGGAAGAGAAGGCUCGGGCGGAGAGGGAAGCCAUGAUCGAGGCAAGGAAGGAGGCGCAAAUGCAGUCUGAAUCCCGACGAAAAUCUCUCAAGGAGAAGAUGUUCAAGAAAACCAAAUCAGGUCAGCCUGUGAUGAAAUAUAGACUUGAGCAUAUUUUGGAAACACUUCAAGGUUCUUGAUUGAUCAAAAGUUACAUUUGUGAUUUGUCCAAACCCCAUUCCUAUGACCUGUAAAUUAUCCGCAAUGUCUUAAAACAGGAUUUCCCAUCAAA